AUGGCAAAGCCGAACUCCAAGCCAAGCGAGAAGGAUAUGCAGCGGGCACGUACGCUUCGGCUCCUAAACGAUCUCCGUAUGCAGCCUUUGAAGUCUCUGCCAAUGACACUUUUUUUGAUGUGGAUGGUUGGCAAUGACGUUGGCAUCUUCACUAUCAUGUUUGUAGGCAUGGCGGUGGUGAACCCUCUGCAGUCCAUCUUUGGCACGAACGAUGUUUUUAAGGAGUUUGAGGAGGAGGCGAAGGGGGAUGCCAACAUACGGAGCGCCCUUAGCCACUCAAAGCUGAUGUACAUCGCGUCAUGUCUGCUGGCGUUUGCAGUGGCUUUAGUCAAGUUAAGCUGGAUGGGACUUAUGCCAGUGAACGCGAUGGACUGGCUGGACAGCACACCGCCGGACUACAAGGAGUACACUCAGGGCUUCUUUGCCAUCUGA